AAUCAUAGAAACCGCAAUACAUCAUCAAAAACCGCAGCUUCAUACGAUCGGUGAUGCAAUAAAAGAAAAUCCUAUGGAAAUCUAUAAUUAAAACGGAAAAAUGUUGGUUUAUUAUUAAGACCUGCCACCACAAAUGGCGUCAUAAUUCUCUUUGUUGUUGUUUUUGUGCACCCAAAACAUACGUGCUAAAAAGAUUUGUGUCUGAAAAUACCCGAUGCAUAUUAUAUGGAGAUGACUUGGGGAAAAAUGAAUAUCUAAAGAAUAUCAAAACAAAAUUCAAAGUCACAGCUGAUUUGUACCCCCCUAUUCCCGCGUCGUCAUGGAUCCACAAAAAAUCACCGAAUUGGCAAAUUUACUGCGACAGAACGGUGAUAAAAUAUUGAGCUCCGAAUUUACGCUAACAUUAUCAGGUUCCCUGCUGCGUGCUUUAAAUGAUUCGUUUACAUUGAUUGCUGAUACGGAAAUCAUUGCUGGUGCUGGGGCUGGCACUCACACGACGCAUCAUCAUCACCAUCAUCAGCACCAACAGCAGACGAUCUUUCAGGUGGUUAAGCCCAUCAAUGCCAAGUCCAGUGUCUUCCCAGAUCUGCAGCUGUUGCACGAUUUUGUGCAGAAAACCACGCUGCUAAAAUUAACCUAUUUUCCCAGCGAACUUUAUUUUGAGGGUGCCAUCGAUAUAGCCAAAUUUCGGGCCCUGCGGCGCCUGGAAGUCCAUAAAAUCAACAUUAAUCAAGUGGUGGGCAUCCAACCGUUCCGUGGCCAGCUCCAGCAUUUGAUUUGCGUCAAGAGUCUGGCCAGUGUGGACGAUAUAAUCACCCGCUGUGGCGGCGACAACUCCAAUGGGUUCGUGUGGAAUGAACUGCAAUCGGCAGACUUCAGCUACAAUUCUUUGAGGAGCGUGGAUACGGCCCUGGAGUUUGCCCAACAUUUGCAGCAUCUCAACCUGCGGCACAACAAGCUCAUCUCGGUGGCAGCCAUCAAAUGGUUGCCACAUCUCAAGACCCUCGAUCUGAGCUACAACUGCCUCACAUAUCUGCCACAGUUUCACAUGGAGGCUUGCAAGAAGCUGCAACUGUUGAACAUUAGCAAUAAUUAUGUGGAGGAGCUGCUGGAUGUGGCCAAGCUAGAUGCCUUGACCUCUCUGGACCUAUCGGAUAAUUGUCUGUUGGAGCACUCCCAGCUUCUGCCGCUCAGUGCCUUGAUGACCCUGACCAUGCUGAAUCUACAGGGUAAUCCCUUGUCGUGCAACCCCAAGCAUCGCCAGGCCACAGCAAUAUAUCUGCACAAGAAUACGGCUUCGGUGAAGUUUGUCCUGGACUUUGAGCCGCUCUCCAAGGCGGAAAAGGCCCUGACUGGCAGUCAAAGGUGGCGCUACAUAGGCUCCCAUCGUGGGCCGAGGAGUGGUCCUGUGUCCAUCAAUAGUUCCAGCACUUCUAUCAACACCUGCGAUGGCUCACAGUUCUCUAGCUUUAGUUCCCUGAACACAGAGCAAACGACCUCCUUGGACACCUCGCAGAGCAGCAAAAAGCAAAACUCCAAGAAAAGCCUCAGUAAAAUCCGUCGAGCAGACAUCUCCGAAGACACCGACGAUGUGGCAGAGGCGGCAGCAGUUCUACCACCACCCAAGCCCCAACCGGAGGGAGAGGAAUGCUCCACAGAUUCCGGGCACUUGGAGACCAAGAAACAAAUCGAAACCCUGAGGCUCACCUACGGCAAUGAGUGGCUAAAGACGGGGAAUGCAGAGCUCAUGCUGGGUAUAGAGUCGCCGCAACCCAGCGAAAAAGAGAGGAAUGCCUCUCGCCAGCAGUUCAACGAGUUCUUGGGGGAAUUCUCUGGACCAUUGCCGACAAAAAAGGACCCUCAGGGAAAUCUAAAUGUAAGUUCCACUCCCACAAACAACAGCAGCGCCUGGGGCGCCUCCUUCGACAACACUUUGACGCCCAUUAAAUCGGAGACCCAGGAAACCCAGGAGACAGCCAAUCAAACGCUUUACGAGACCUGUGAUGAGAGCGGGGAGACCCAAUACGAAAGCAUUAUCAGUAGCACGAAGGAGCAGUCAGAGGAGAAGGAUCAAACGGAGAAGAAGGAGCAGGAGGAGGGGGAUCAUUCUCAAGAUAAGCACAAAAACCUGUUGAGUCUCUAUGCCAGCGGAUCCAAUGCGGUAGAGGAAGAGGAACCAGUUUCCGAUAUGGAGCCCGAUGAGGAGACCUACAUAGUCUAUCUUGAGCACAAGCCUAGUGUUCCUUUGUUUUUGACGAUAUCUUCCAAUUUCAUACGCGAAAAGGAUACAUUGAGUGAACGAACCAAAACCAAAUGGAGCCUCAAAAUCCUCGAGUCCUGCGAGCGUUUAAAAUCAAAUACUUUGCGCAUUAAUUUCGAUACCCUUCGUAAGGAUAAGCAGGAGCGUAUCUACUGUGUGGAGAAUACAUUGUGCCAGGAACUGGAAAAGAAACUCCGUGACAUACUCUCCCAACGGGAUCUCACCGAAAUGAACAUCAAAAUCUAUCGCUGUGUGAAUUGUUUGAUACAAUUCUCAAUGGAACAAAAGAUCAAGCGUUAUAGGACAGAGCAGCUACGUUGUCCCGACUGUCGCAGUGUUCAUGUGGCAGAGGUCACAGAUCUGUCCACAUCGCUGGAUAAACCAUCUGUGGAGGUGGCCGCAGAACCCAAAUUGUCGCCAGCCUUGAUUGUGGAGGAGUCGCCUGCGAUGGGGGCCUCACCGAUUAAGGAGGAAACCAAUAGCAUUGUGGCCCUCUCCAGGCUUAAAACAACCGCUAAAAACACACCCAAGCGUAGGAGUUUGAUGCAAGCCACUAAAAGUUCCGCCAAUAGCCUGAAUGAAAGCAGCUCCUGUUCGAAAAUCACCAAUUCCCAGAGCUCCUUCGACUCCAAUCAGUCGGUUGUGGGUAGCUCCAACACAGAUCGCGAUCUCGAGUUCCGUGCGAAUGAAAGUGAUGUGGAUAUCAUCUCGAAUCCAAGCCAAUCCUCCAUAGAGGUGCUGGAUCCCAAUUGUGUGCAGAGUGCCAGUCGAAAGACCUCAGAAGAUCGUCGCAUUUCGCAGUUGCCGCACUUGCAGGCGUUGCAUGAUGAGACGCAAAGCUUUAUAGAGCGGGAAUUCGGGCAGCAGAUGAGGCAGGAAGAGGCAGCAGCUGCAGCAGCAGCUGUGGCACCAACACCCCCUCCAGCUGUGUCACAAGUGCAGCUAACAGAAAGCUCCUCUUCAGGCUCUGUAACAGACAGCAUUUGCACCACCUACGAACAGCAAAAGGAGGGUGCCAAGGAAUCCUCCAAUAAUAAUAAUAAUUUAAAGAAAGUCGAAGAGCGGCCCAUGCUGCCCUUUGCCUCAGUCUUCCAGUCCACAAACCUCCUGAUGUCCAGCUCGAAGAAACUGAUCGAUUCAGAGGCCAGCAGUGGAUCAACAUCGUCGGGCAUGCACCCUUACAAAUUCAAUUACAGCAACUUUAACGACAUUGAUCAUCGCCUGAAGCUGUACUUUUAUCAAACGAAGUUCAAGGAGCAGGACGAACACUUCAAGUGGCUGGCCAAAGGCUGGAUCUACAACGAACAAACGCAGACAUUGACCGAGGGUCUCGUUGUGAUGUCCACCUGUAAAUUGUAUCUAAUGGAGGCCUUUGGAGCGCCCCACGACGAUGUAUCCAAAUGGUUGAGACAGCUCAUCAGCGUCACAGUGGAUCGAUUGUUUUCCAUUGGUGUGCUACCCUGGAAAUUGGGUCUGUCCUUUAGCCUCAGAGAUUGGGGAGGUUUCGUUCUGCUGCUGCACGAUAUGCUAAGGACUGAUAGUUUGCUGCUCUAUAUGCAAGAAAAUGCCCUGCCAUCGCAAUGCCAAGUGUUGCAGCAGUCAUCGGCUGUCCUGAAAUCUGUGUCCUCGGAGCCUGUGAAAAUGUGUGCAAUCCUCGCCAGCUGCCAGUGGAGUUGCAACGAAGAGAAGGGCCUGUCCUUUGAACCUUGUCUACUCUUGACCACCGAUUCCCAUUUGUAUAUCUCUGGCAAUGGAAAAUGGGAUUGGCUUUCAGCGAAAACCCAAGAAUCGGCCCUGGCACCAAGUCUCACGCAGCCCAUGAGCAAUCUCGUGGAUGUGGAACGUCUUUCGGAUGUGGAAUAUGUGAUCAACUUUAUAGAUGAAACCGAAAACAAGUGCGAGAUGUGGAAACUAAACUUUGAGACCUAUGCCAAUGCCGAAUGCUGUCUGAAUGCCGUAGGACAGACAUGGGAGCAGCUCUUUGGAGUGCCAUUCAGCUACUCGGGAACGUAGCAUUCUCUAUAUCUUUCCCUCUGUAUUUAAGGGACCAAUAUAUCACACAGAAAGAAGGUUCUGUGGAUAAGCUUUAUUAGAACCGGAACACCCUCUAUAUGUUUUAGGCUGUAUGUAGAUUUCUUUCAAAAUAAUGGAGUGUAAGGUUAAUGAGAGACAUGGUUGGUGCUUACCCACGAUACGAUACGAUACGAUGUAUAUAUUUAUGAAAACACUGAGAAGUCUCUGCAAUUAUAAAGAGAAUAAAUAUAUAUUUUAGUGUAUAUAAAAGCAGAAAA